AUGGUCCAAGAUACCACCGACAGAUCCUCCAGCAGCUCCAGCAGCUCCAGCCGCGAAUAUUGCAUGAGAUUUGAGAUCGCGCCCCCGGCUACCGCAUGGCCCGGUGUUUCCUUUACGCUGCCAGUCAUUGUUUCUGUCCGCACGGUAGGGGCUCCGCAAGACCAUGCCGUGCAGCAGUUGGCAAUGAAUGUCUCUUUGCGGACCGAGUCCGGAGACCCUGUUGCUUCUCAACACCUGACGGGAGCUCUCACGUCGAGCGUACGCAAUCACGACGGAAAUACCACCAGCGGCUUUGCUCGAUUCGGCCCGCUCGCCAUCACGCAACCAGGGCGUUACCGACUGCGAAUCGCGUUGGCAGCCGCAUCCGCUGCCGACAUCACCAUAAAAGACUACAUUGAUUCGGACGUAGUGGAUGCAUGUCGGAUGCGACGGCAUCUUUCUUAA